UGACCCGAGGGGACGUCUUUCUCCAGCCGGAGGACGACUACCAGGAUUACUACGACGUGGCCAAUGCCACGGCGGGGGCCCCCUCCACCCCAGAGGCCACCGGGACCCCUGUGGACGAGCAGGCCCAGACCGAGGAUUAUGCCUGGACAGGGUGGCUCCCGGGCCCCACGGAGGAAGCCCCCUGGAGCCCCAGCGAGGCCCCUCCCCUGCCAGGACCAGAGGAGGAGGAGGAGGAGGAGGAGAGACUGUGCAGCGGGGAGCCCUUUGACUCCUUCACCAGCCUGAAGAACGGCUCCAUCUUCGCUUUCCGAGGCCUCUACCUGUACGAGCUGGACGAGAAGAGCGCCCGGCCGGGCUACCCCAAGCUGAUCCGGGACGUGUGGGGCAUCGACGGCCCCAUCGACGCCGCCUUCACGCGCGUCAACUGCCAGGGCAAGACUUACCUCUUCCAGGGCAGCCGCUACUGGCGCUUCGACGAGGGCCGCCUGGACGCCGACUUCCCCCGCAACAUCUCCGACGGCUUCGACGGCGUUCCCGACGACCUGGACGCCGCCCUGGCCCUGCCCGCCGAGAACUACCUGGGCAGCGAGCGCGUCUACUUCUUCAAAGGGAGCCGCUACUGGUCCUACGACUUCGCCCACCAGCCGAGCCGCGCGGAGUGCGAGCAGACGAGCCCCUCGCUGGUCUUCGGCCACUACGCGGUGCUGCAGCACGACAGCUGGGAGGCGGCCUUCCGCCUGCUCUUCGGGGCCUCCGGGGCAGGUCAGGCCAGCCGAGCGCGCUUCACCUCCCGCGACUGGCGCGGGCUGCCCUCCCGGCUGGACGCUGCCUUGCUGGGCAGGAUCUACGUGGCGCAGAGCCCCUCCAGGUCGCCCACCGGCCGCCGGGCCUCCCGCCGCCGCCACCGCAAGAAGUACCAGCGCCGGCAGCGCUGGGGCCGCUGGGACUUGCUGCCCGGCUGGGAGCCGCUGCCCGGGGGCAGCUCGGAGUCCUCGGACCGCGACUGGCUGCCCUCCCCCUGCCAGCCCUUCCAGAGCGCCUAUUUCUUCGUGGACGACAAGUACUACCGGGUCAACCUGCACACGCGGCGGGUGGACUGGGUCUACCCCAGGUACCCCCGCCCCAUCGCCAAAUACUGGCUGGGCUGCCCCCCGGAGGACCUGCUGUGAGUUGGGGGCCCCCCCGGAGCCUCUGGACCUGCUGACCGGACCAAUAAAGCCUCCCUCCCACCCAGCCA